GCUCCAAAUUUUUCACAAUUACCUUACUGCCACAGUGAGAGUGACAAGCUAACUUUAGACCUUGUGCGUAAACAAACCCCAAGUGAACCAAGAUGAGAGCCCAGCGUUGUGUAUCCCCCGUGCAGGCCGUGAUGGGCGUGAUGGACGGCAAGAUCCGCAAGGCGCCCCUCAAGAGCGACGGCGCCGACCAGGUCCUGCUGUACCUGGAGCGCCUGCAGCACCUGGUGCCGCAGUGCCCCAAGGACCGCCCCGUGACCAAGCUCGAGCUCAUCCAAUCCGUCAUCGACUACAUCUACGACUUGGAGGACGCCCUGGAGCCCGAGUCCAGCGACGACGAGUCCUCCGACGUGGCCUCCACCUCCGAGGACGAGAUGGAGUGCGUGGAGAGCUCGUGAGAGGCGCCGCGGCGGACUGUCGCCUCCGGGCAGUGCGGCGCCGGGAGCGACGACGGCGAGGCAGCAGCAGCGACCGUUCGUGCCGAGAGGGGCGUCUAGGCUGACGACGACGAAGGAGGACGAGGAGUAGGACGACCACAGCCACGACCGCGAUGCCCUCGGGUCGUGGCGGAUGUUCCAACCGCCUUUGCCUCCCCUCCCCCCCCCGGCCGCGGCUUCACCCACACCAUCUUCACAACAGAGCGAGGUGCCGGAAUGACCUGACCUGACCCUUUGCCACCCUAGCCGAGUGCCACCUCUAGACGCCGGGAAACCUCUCUGUCCCUCCACUGACGUAACAAGUAUGAAGCUUCCACGUCAGACCAUCAAACAACUCCCUAUGUAAUCCAGCAGUCUUCAGCAGCACAACAGAAAUCUGGUCAACAGCACAACAGAGCAACAGAGGGUAUUUAGCCCAGUUUCAACAGAACAACAGGAGAAGAGAUUCAGCCUGGUUUCAACAAGACAGCAGCACGAAGGGGCAUGUCGUGGUCUCAACAGUACAACAGUAGAAGAGAUUUCGCUCAGCCUCAACAGAACAACAGAGGAACUCCUCGCAACCAAAACAGUGCAGCACUCUACGGAAGUUGCCCACCACGUUUCAACAGGAACGCCAACAACAAAAACAGUGCUGGAGGGAGAAAGGAAGUUUUGAGGGAAAGGAUACAUAUAUCAACGUAGUCUGGAGUGGUACGAGGUGACGGUGCAGUGACGGUGCAGUGGUGAUCUACCCAGGGAAACUGUCCUGGCCACCUCGACGAGAUGUGUCGUUCAAAAUACUUAUAUUUUUGUAGAAGUUAAUAUAUUGAUCAACUUUUUUUUUUCAUUGUUGAGAUACGUUUCCAAGAUUUAUUUUUGUAGGAGUAAUAUAUUUGUCACUUUUCUGAGAAAUGCGUACUAUAAUUUUUUGCAUACUGUAUCUAUUGUAUUUAUUGAAUGAUGAAAUAUGAUUUUUACACUGGAAGAAGUUGCAAAUAAAUAUUUGAUUUUUCUAUA